CGACGCCAUUUUAUAUAUUGGCGGAGUGGCCGCGCGGCGCGUCGUUGUUUCGUUGGAAAAUGUGGAUUGAUUUAAUUUAAUUGUAUUGCACUGAUUUUUGCAUUUCGAGUUGAUUUGCGGAGAAGCUGAAGGAGGCAAUGGACAAGACCUUCGCCGACCGCCGUCAGCUGGUAAUCAAAAGAAAAAUCGGACUGGCGGCUCUCAAACGCGUCUAUCCCGCCCUCUUCAAUGAAGUGGAGAUCUGGGAAGAACCCGCAAGGGUGCGUGGGGUAAACAGGACCUGGGAAGAGGAGUUGGAGGAAGCGAGGAUGGCGCUCAAAUCCAUGUUGAACGGAGUCGCCUUCUGUGACACUCUGGAUGAAAAGCUGGCACAUGUGCUGAUGGAGAUGAGGGAGGAACACGUCGUGUUCGGGCCGCCAGGAGGUCAGGCUGGCCCACCGACCAUCCACGAAGAGGAACUAUGGGUGGAGGGCGUAAAGGUGGCCCAGUUUGAGAGGUUCAUGUCAAAGGCGGACCAAUAUCUGACCUGGGGGGCGGCAUUCACUGUGUUCGCACGGCGCCUCAGUUUCCGCGCGACGCAAGCAGCUGCCUUCUGGGCGGGGCGGGCGUACGCGGCGCCGGCCGUUCGGCUUAGCGCCCCUGCGAAUGGGAUCUGA